GUGCUGCACUCUAUGUUUAACUUUCAAGCAGAAUCCUCGUGUACGCAUUUCACAUUUCACUCGUUUCACGUAUAGUGGUUUUCUAACCUAUUAGAAUUGAUUGUUGUUGUCAACCGUCGGUGAUCGAUUAAUUGUGAAUAAUGCAGAACAACAGGAAAGAUUUGGGUAGAAAUAAAGCAUUGAAAACUAAGAAGGGCGAUAAUAACGAGCAAACUAAGAAACCGUUCGACAAAAAAACUUACAGGUUGAAAAAGUAUAGCAACAAGUACAAAGUUGACCAAUGGGAGGAUCGCAGAAAGAAGGCUGUUCUCAGACAGUACUACAAAGAUCUGCAAAAAGGUCAAAAAAAUGCAGCACAUUUAAAGACAGAGUCAAAAGAUAACGACACAGAGACUAGCAAUCCGCAACCCAAAGGAAAUGCCUUCCAUGCGGCUAAGAUUGAAUAUUUGAAGAAAAAGGAUGAAAAAAAGAACAGAAGGGAAGAAGCUCAACGUAAAAAAGAAGAAAAGAUCGAAGCCUUGAGAAAAUAUAGGGAAGAAAAAGCAUUAAAGUACAAAAAGUUGUCGAAGAAAACGAAAAAAGGUCAACCCGUUAUGAAAGAUAGGCUUGAGAUGUUACUGGAAAAGAUUCAACAAACUAGUUGAAUGAAUCACGACGUUGAUCGUCCUAAAUCUACAAAACUCAUUCAUACUGUAAAUAUCCGCCCAUUGUUGUGUAAUUAAUAAUUUUUUGUGUAACAAUAAAAUAAUGGGAUAAAAAAUAAAAAUCUCUGAACGACAUGUGAAUAAUU